UAAUAGUCUAAAAUUAACAUGAUGCAAUACAAUUUCAGUGCAUUAUUUUUUUUAUUUUUUUUAAUUCAGUGCAUUAAUUCUGUGCACACGUUACACACGAGAAGAUAUUGUGCAAUCAGCUCCUGUGGAUGAGCAGGAGAUCGCAACAUAUACCAGCUUGUGUAUUUAUAUAGGAUUACAUACACACAUUUACAGUGUCUAAAACAGCACAAAGGAGAGCGGUCUUCCUGGAGAGCUUAGAUUGGAUACCAAACCCUGGAAUUUAAUAUUUUGGAUCUACAUUUACAUCUUUGUGUCCAAUUUGAAGACAUUUUACAUUAAAACGGGAAUAAAACUCACGUUAUCUGAAAGAUGUUUCCCUGGUCAGUAGUGUUUUCCCUGGAGCCUAAGGUUCCCGGCCAGCGCACUUCAGAGGAGCUGGUGUCCAACACCUUGAUGCUGGAGCUGGGUGCCGUGGUGAAACGGACCGAGCGAAUCCGGCUGGAGAAGGCAGCAGAGACUCGCAGACGCCGCAGAUCUUCCUCUGUAGACUACAGCUGGCUGGCCGGCCCUCAGCCACACGUCCACUACGAGCUCACGCCAGGAGACGUGCUGGAGCUGCAGGACCUCUGCGCACAGAUCCCACCUCACCUGUGCGGCCCCGUCAUCGUCAGGUUCAGGAAGCUAGUGUCAGAGUUUGAGCCGGAGGUGCAUGACGUCCCCAAACUGUUCCGGGGCGUCCUAAGAAAGUGCCUGGACGAGCUUCAGGGAGACGCAGCGCUCCAGAAUCGGGUGUACCGUUGGGAAAAACAGCACAGCAAGAGCCUCUCCUUCGUUACGUUUCGAUCCAAGUUCCGCACCCAGAACCGGGGGAAGGGAAGCUUCGGUGGUUCCCACAACAACCUGCAAGAGGAAAACACAUGGUCUGAUGAAGACGAGGAAGCAGCUGAACAGGUGACAACCGUCAUGCGCACCAGGAAGGGACGGAGCCUCAGCAUGCCAGAGAUCACUCCUCUCGAGCAGACGGCCCAGAGCUGA